AUGUACGGCCAAAACGGACCUCGCUACUCCCCCUACCCGGGGGGUCGCCACAAUGGCCGGGGCGGCGGCCGCAGAGGGCGCGCUCCUGAGGCGGCUGGUGUUUACCUGGACCCCAACCUGAGCCCGGAAGACGCCGCUGCCGCCUUCGCGGAGGCCCAGCAGGCGCGAGCCGCCCAGCGCGACGCGGAGGCCCGCACGGCCGCCGUGUCGGCCGCCUUCAACGCGGCCAACGCCGCCUGCAACGCGCUCGCAAGCACCUUCGAGCUGACGGCGACGGCCCCGUUCCGGGCCAUGCGGCUGCCGGGCGAGGACUCCUCCCCCGACCAGCUCACCCAGGCGGAGGCGACCCGCUUCUCGUCGGUGGUGAUCCUCCAGCUGCACGGUAUCUUCACCGACUGCGGCCUCUCCGGCCGUACCGGCUGCCUCCAGGACGCCGGCAACAUGCUGUACCGUGUGGCCGACUGGGCGCAGCAGAGGGUCAUAGCCGACGCAGCCAAGGCCGCGCAGCAGGCCGGGGAGCCGGUCUCUACGCAGCCGAGCGACCGCCAGCAGCAGUCGGCCGCGGCUGUGGCCCGCUUUAGCGUCGGCGGUGAGGGGGCCGGCGCGCUGCGCAGCAUGCUUAAGGGCACCAUCCUCCUCGCCGCCGCAGAGCUCCUCUCCGGCGGGCAGGCGGAGGGCUGCCCCGAGGCGGCCAAGCUGAGCGACGCGGUGGCGUUUUUCAACGGGUGGCACCCGUCCGACACCGAGGAGGAGCGCGCGCGCGUGAGGCGGCGCGACAACGAGAUCAGCGAGCUCAAGGCGCUCCUGGCGGAGUCCGGCGCCACGCACGCCGCGCUCAGCGCGCAGCUCGCGGCGGCCAGCGCGCUGCUGGUACAGCACGGCGUUAACGAGGCCGCGCCCGACCUGCUGCAGCAGGGCCGCCGCCUCCAGGAGUCCUCACAGCAGUUUGCAGCGGCGCAGCAGCAGUGCGCGGCGGCACAGCAGCAGCUGGCUCAGCAGCAGCAAGCCACGGCGGCAGCGCACGCCGCCAUCGCGGGGCUGCAGGAGCAGGUUAAGGCUGGUGCAGCAGAGCUGGCCCAGCAGCAGCGCGCUGUGGCAGAGGCGCAGGCUGCAGCCAAUGGGAUCCAGGAGCAGGUGAAGGCCAGGGCCGCGGAGCUGUGCAAGGCGAACGCGGCUGUGCAGGCGCUCGGGAGGGCGCUGGUGGAGCGGGGCAUGAGCUCCGAGGAGGCGGAGGCCCUGGCGACUGGCGCUUACACUCAGCAGAACGGCGAGGCCGCAGCCCCGCCGAGCGCACAGUAG